UCGUGAUACAUCAAUCAGCCACAGACCACUCCCUCUCUCAGUCUGAACGGAAGAGCAGCAGUUUUAUUUGCCACAAUGUUGCUGUCAGGGUUUUCUUCUCAGGGCUUGUGCACAGCCGAGAAUGGCGGAGGCCAGCGCGCUUGAGGAGCUCCAGUCGGAGCUCACCUGUCCGGUGUGCUUGGAGCUGUUCCACGAUCCCGUUAUUCUCGAGUGCGGACACCAUUUCUGCCAGGUCUGCAUCAUCCAGUGCUGGGAAGUCAAAGCGGACGAGUUGUCGAGUUGUCCAAAGUGUAGAAAGUCGUGCGCCCGCAAACUGCGGCCCAACUCGCUUCUGUGCAACGUUGUGGAUAGUGUGCGCAGAGCCCGGGCCAUGGACCCUGCCGCUGGGAUAACCAGAUGGGACCUGGACCCGAUGGAGAAUCCGGAAGAACAGGACACUGGAUUCAGCAUGAGUAGUGUAGCGUCGUCCGUCGGGCACUGGCUGCAUCUGGGUAUGGAUAUGUGCGAGGAGCAUAGGGAGAAACUGAAGCUUUACUGUGAGGACGACCAGCUCCCCAUCUGCCUGGUGUGCGGCAUGUCCAGAGACCACAAGACCCACAAUAUCAUCCCUAUUACUGAGGCUUUUGAAAACUAUAAGGACAAGCUGUCUGUUGCUCUAGAGAGGGUUCAACUACAGACUAAGGAGGCCAUGCUCUUCCAAAGACAGACCACUGAAAAGAUCCUUCUCGUUAAGGAGCGGGCAGGAGAUGUGGAGGAGCUGGUCUCUGCAGAGUUCGGCCGUCUGAGAGAGUUCCUACUUGAGGAGGAGGAGUGCAUAAAGAAGAAACUGCAGAAGCAGAAAGAGGAGAAGCUCAGCCAGCUGGAGGAGGCGCUCACUCGAGCAACAGAGCAGCUCAGCCAAUUGGAAUGCACGGCCGAGCAGCUUCGACUCAAACUGAAGGAAGAAGAAAACCCAGAGCAGCUCAAGGGAAUCAGAGAUUUCAUUGGAGAGACUGAGAGCUUCUUUGAGCGCUUCCCAGAGGUGAGUGUGGAUCUGCAGUCAGGGGAGUUUCUGGGACCUCUGCAGUACAGAACCUGGAGGAAAAUGAGCUCCAUUCUUCAACCAGCUGUCACAGCAGUGACCCUCGACCCAGACACGGCCUAUCCCUGUUUGUGGGUUUCUCCGUGUCGCACCAGCGUCCGGAUGGGGAAAAUCCAGCCCGACCUACCCAACAACCCGGAGCGCUUCACCCGCUACAACAUCGUCCUGGGCUCUGAAGCUUUCUCCUCUGGCAGACACUACUGGGAGGUAGAGGUGGGCUCCAAGACAGCGUGGGGUCUGGGUGUGGCCGCAGCCUCCGUCAACAGAAAGGAGGAGAUCAGCCUCUGCCCGGAAGAUGGUUUCUGGACCCUGGUGAUGAGGGACAAUGGCAACGGCACCAGUGAGUAUGAAGCUUGCACCGACUCAGUGGACAGCUUGUUAUAUCCCUCCAAACCCCCCAGGAGGGUGGGGAUCUAUCUGGACUAUGGUCGUGGUGAAGUGGCCUUUUAUGAUGCAGGAGACAUGAACCACCUCUUCACCUUCAAUGAUGCGAAAUUCAAAGAGCCUGUUUUCCCGUAUUUCAAUCCCUGGCCGAUUAUCAACGGAUGCAACCGGGAGCCACUCACCAUAGUAACGCCACACUGGAGAUAGUUGUUAUUGUUAACAAAUCCCACAAAAAGAUCAACACUCACACUUUGUCCUACUAAUGUGUACAUUCUGUGUAACCAAAGCCUGUUAUACCUUAUUCCUUUGUUCAGUAAACCUUCACUGAUGUUCAGAAACUAAACAGACAGGAGCUAGUGUUGCUCUGGCUGACAUGUUCCUUCAUUAUGAUGAACAUAGGCACUGUAGUUUAUUUUGAGUCCAUCCCACAUACAAUGCCAUGCUGCCAGUAACACUAGUUCUGGAUCACCAAAUGCUUAUUAACCGGGACCUGAAAAUAGUCCCAAACAAAUGCUCAAUUUCCUCCUGGUAACAUUUAGUAACAAUUACAGUGAAGCAUUAUAUUUGUAUGGCUUUUAAAGAUUUACAUGUUCAGUAGAAGUGAGUGAGGUUGGGUCUAUGAGUCGAGUACUGAGAGACGGACUGACACAUUGUUGGUUUUGGUCUUUCCAUAGGGUUUGUUGACAGUAAGAAAAAUGCAGAUGGAAUUUGUAUUUGUUCUGAAUUCACUGGGAAUGAGGGUAAAGCAUAUUGCUUGCUAAAAUAUAAUCAUAUGGUAGAGUCUUGGCAGAAAGGUUUAAAAUUGUAUUAAUCAGUUUUGAUGCAAUAUCAUACUGUGUCUUUUAAAACAUCUAACAAUAUGAGCACAUUACAUUUGACUGUUUUCAUAUAUAUCCUGUCAUGAUAUUGUAAUAACAUGUAAAACACUGAUGUGUGUAACAGAUUUAAGUAUUAAUAGCUUCUGCAUGGACACUUCUCACCAUGACAUUUAUCCAACACUACUUUUCUAAAGUGUAAAUGACAUCUUUUGCAGAUUGGGAUCAGAGUAGACACCGUCUACAUAUUUGGCAUGAGAGUUUAAUAACACUUUCAGUUGUUGAUACAUUUUAUUCCACCAGAGGGCGCCCAAGAUGAACUCUGAGUGCAGCAUCACUCUGCCCUUCAGUGGUCUUUAUAAUACAACACUGAGCUUUCAUGAGCCAUACAGAGUCCAGCCUCCGCCAGCAGCAGCACACACACAGCUUUUAGGAAAAGGUUCAUCUCAGAAAGUAAUGAAGGGUUAUUCAUCAUUUGAUACCAGGGUUUCCAGUAAAGUCAAGCCCAUUAUAUUAUUAUAUAGCUCAAUAUCACAAAUCACAAAUUUGACUCAAGGGGUGUUACAAUCUAGAUAAUGUUUUAUAUAAAAGGAGGAGAAAUCUACAGCAACAGAAAAUGUGUACUGAGCUAGGUGAACUGGAACUUUGUUAUCAGUUUGUCACACUACAAUACAGGAACCUCACAUUACCGGCAUAGAGCUGAAGUAACACCCUGUUUCACUCAAGAUAAACAGUCUAAAAUAAGAAUGUGCAAUCAAAUAGGAAAGGGAAUAGGACAAAAGAGCCACACCCUGUGCUAGAAGGGCUUUCAGAUUGAUAUAUGCAAUGGUUACAUUUACAAGUUUCAAUAAUCAUUUGAUUAGGUUGCUUUGGUGUUUACAUGUCACAGAUAGUUAAAAAGGGGUUAAAGGGUUCCCUCGUGCCACUUGAGCAAUUUGAUCUUCUGUGACUACUGUUAUGAACAAAUAUGAAAUGAGAAGUUUGACGCAAAUAAAACAGAUCUGUUAUUCAUUUUAGCUAAAUGUCUGAGCAUCAUCUGCCUAUACAUUAAUUGAUCUGGAAUUUGAUAUUUUUGCAGUGUCAUGUAAUGCAAGCCUUCACAGCUGCCACUCCCCCUGUCAGUCAGCCCUUUCUUUGACCUAUUUCAGGAAGUGUCAGGGUGAAAGGUACAGAAGUUCAGCUAAGAGUCACAUAUUUACUCUUUCUCCCUGAAAGUUUUGUUUCCAUUCCUAAUCUUGUUUGUCUACCCAUCAUCCUUCAGUUGUCAGAAAACUGAUGUGCCCAAAA